UGGACAGCGGGUUAAAAAGAGGGGGAGGAGCUAACAUGGCGUCUUCAAACAUUGGCCCGCUGCUGUUUUGCUUGGUGUUGUUUUUGCUUCGGAUCAUCGCCUCAUCCAGACUCUUAUCCGAACCGUGUUACAGAGCCGUAAAGGACGACAGGCCGGACCGGGUUAAGACUUGUCCGCGUCCACAUGAAGGUGGAAAUGUGUCGGCUUUGCCUCCAUCGUGGGACUGGAGGAACAUCGAUGGGAAGAACUAUGUGAGCGUCACAAGGAACCAGCACAUCCCUCAGUACUGUGGCUCCUGCUGGGCCAUGGGAGCCACCAGCGCGCUGGCAGACCGCAUCAACAUCAAGCGCGGGGGAGCGUGGCCGUCAGCCUACCUGUCGGUCCAGAACGUCAUCGACUGCGGGAGGGCGGGCUCAUGCUACGGAGGAGAUCACCUGAGGGUUUAUGCGUACGCACAUCAAAAAGGCAUCCCGGAUGAAACCUGCAACAACUAUCAAGCCGUAAACCAAAAGUGCGAGCAGUUUAAUCAGUGCGGCACGUGCUCCUUCUUUGAAUCCUGUGCGGUCGUGACGAACUACACGGUGUGGAAAGUGGGAGACUACGGAGAAGUUUCAGGAAGAGAGCACAUGAAAGCAGAAAUUUACACCAAUGGGCCCAUCAGCUGUGCCCUGAUGGUGACAGACGCACUGGAGGAAUACUCUGGAGGGAUUUUCUCCGAGUUUCAUCCCCUUUCUGUACCGAAUCACAUCGUGUCCGUGGCUGGCUGGGGCGUGGAUGCGGAGGGAAUGGAGUACUGGAUCGUCAGGAACUCCUGGGGAGAGUUCUGGGGAGAACACGGUUGGGCGAGGAUCGUCACCAGUGCCUUCAAAGGAGGCAAAGGCAACUGGUUCAACCUGGGGAUUGAGAAAAACUGUGCCUACGGAGACCCUAUUGUUACACAGAACUCUGUUUGAACCGAAGUGUUGGAGAUGAGUCGUGCCUACGUUUGUAAAACUCUUAGUGAAAAUCUGAAAAUAGGUCAAUUUCAUUAAUUAUCGUACUUGAAAAAUUCUCACUACAAAUUGGAGGCUUUGUCUAGGUUUCUUAGUCUUUUCUGCCAUUAUUGCUAAGCUGUACUUUUGGAGAGAUUCAGGUUACCUCUGUCAAAAAAACUGUGCAGUCAGACCUGGUAUUUCAAUGCAUAUAAUGUUACAUAAACUGGACAGAGGAGCGGCUCCUGACUCAGAUUGAAGCUUGAAAUACCUCCAUCAGCAAAAACUACUGACUUUUCCUAUUGGAUCUAUUUUCACACAUUUUGCUAAUUUUCUCGUUCAUUGUGAGGCUCAGAAAAAAAACAUGAAGAUCUGCUAUGCUGCAGCAGUUUCUACACAAACUGCAGGUCCUGAUGAGCACAGAGACUCCUUUUUAGAUGACAAUUGUGUCACAAAGUUGCCAUUUAAACUUUGGACUGACGCUAACUGAGAUUAAAGUGAAAUGAAUCCUUUGUUUCCAUCAGUUGCUGAUUUAUUAAAUGAGAGUUUUAUACAGAUUUGGGAGGAAAAGUACCAAUAAAGGGCAUCAGACCAAGU